AUGGCCGUACCGUCUUUGUGGCAUCUCCUGUUCGUAUUCUCGCUUGUCACGGCCGUCCUCUCCCUCGAGGUUACACCCGACUCAGACUGUGCGGCGUUGUGCUUGGGUGGGCCAAACGGAACAGCAAUCGACACAACGACAUCAGGGACCAACUCGUCCGACAUAGUCUGCGAAGACGACCAAUAUCACUCGACGGGCAAGGGAAUCAAGUUUAGGAACUGCGUCUCGUGCCUACAGAAAAGCCAGGCGUCCAAGGGGGUGGAGAGUGACGCCUCUUGGUUUCUGUAUUUUUUAGACAAUAUCCGUUACGCGGUAGAUGUCUGCCUCUUUGAUUUCCCAGACGCAAUAUCCCACAUCAACUCCCCGUGUAUCAUCAACAGCGCCUGUCGACCUCUCAAGAACGCUCUCGCAACCGCCCUCACCACACCAGACGCCAACACCGCGUACGACUACUGCACAGCCGAUGGGGACAAGUUCUCAAGCUCAAACUGGUGGUCCUGUGUCAGGUGUCUGCAAUCAAGCGACAGCCAAAGCUAUCUCUCAAACUUCUUGAUUGCCCUCAAAGCCGGCUGCCAGCAACAACCAGGCAACGGAACACUCCUCGGCCUGACCGGCCAGCUCUUCUCCACCGAGCCCGUCAACAUCACAGACUCGAACACGAACACGACUCUACCAGGCGACGGCGGCGCCUCCUCAACAACCAUGACCCUCGGCACCAUCGUGGGCAUCGCCGUCGGCGGUGGCCUGGUCUUCGUCGGCGCCAUCUGCCUCUUUGUCAUCUACUGCCGCAAGCAGCGCAAGCAGAGAAUGCAAGACGAAGCAGACUACCUGCCCCCUCACCACCAACACCACCCGCCCCGGAGCCACGCAAGCUCCUUCACAGCCAUCAGCAACGGCCCUUACCUCCCCAUCGGCGGCGGCGUGGGAGACCAUAAGAAAUCCUCCUCCAUCAACUCGUACAACUACGAGCUCCAGGAAAAGAACAUCAUCGCGAGCAGCAACAACAACAGCUUCAACAACAACGCAGAGUACUACGACAAGCUGGAGCAGGAGGUCCAGGCCGGCCGCGACAUGGCCCACUACAACUUUGACCCGCACUCGGGAUUCCACGGCCCCGGCAGCGCCCUCCCGACGCACCCGGCGUACAUCCCGCGGGCCAUGAGCCGGCAGUCGGGCCGCACGCCCACGCCCACGCCCACGCCACCGCCGGCGAACCUGAACUUGAACGUGAACGCCGCGAUCCCGCGCAAGACCAACACGCCAGACUCGUACGCCCUGCAGACGUACCUGACAGCCACGGACGAGCCAGGCACGAUGAGCGGCAUCAGACCGCCGCCCCGCGCCGUCUCCCGGACGCCAUCGCCCGCGAGGUCCCACGGCUCACAUAGCGACAACACCAAUAAUACACCAAGGAUGGUCAACAUCCCGCCUCCGCCGCCGGGAAAACCGCCCGGACGGAAACAGUCUAGGAGGAUCCCGUCCUUAUCCCUCCCCUCGGUGCCGCGGAUCCGGGUGCCGAAGCAGUACUCCCCGCCCUCCAUCACAGUCCAAGGCGCCACGCCGAUAGCGGACCGCGGCGAGAGGACAAACGAGAUGCAAAUCUCGGAACCCUUGACCUUCCACGAGGAGAGGUUCAGGGACGAGCCGCUCGCGGGCCGGUCGGCGAUAAUAUCGCACCAGGUGCCGGUGCGGAUUGACCCUGAAGAGUACGAGGGUGAUAUGCCGAUUCGGAGCGGCAAGAGUACUCUGUAUGGAUAA